UUGAUAUCAAUAAAUUACUUAUAACCGAAUAGAAAAAGCAAAAGUUAUUUGACUUUUUCUAUUCAACUAAAAAACAAACAACACUUGAGACUUGUCAUGCCUAUAACUUCGAAAUAAAAAUAAUUUAAUAUCCUAAAUGUGACUCACAAGAAUAAUUCUAACAUAGAAGUAUAUAUCAUAUAAUGUCAUUUUGUAUUGAUUCAACUUGAAACCUUGAGUACAUAGAAACAUCAUAGACAAUACCGGUUGUAUAAUCAUACGUUUUAUCACGUGCCCUGUGAAUGAUAUUAAAUUCCUUUGAAUGGAUCCCCUUUCAAUUAUUUCUCCAAUUGGAUUAGCAAACUCUUACUCAUUAAAAGCUGUUGGUGAAGCUUACAAAGGCACCUCCGUCGAUUUCGUCUAAGCCUGCCAUCUCCUUGUUUGUCAAAACACUUACAUAUAUAUAAACCUGCUGAUCAAUUCUUCUCUAUCCCUUUCUGGCUCCCUCUUUCCAUGGAGAAGCUAGUGCCUGUACUGCUGGUUUUCUUGGCCUUUCACUUCCUUAAAGCUGCCUCCCAAGAUGUUACUUACUGGUGGAAUAUCGAUUGUGGUAGCGAAGAACGUCGUGAUGAUUACAACCGUUCAAUGACGUGGUUCCCCGACGUCUGGUUCAUCAAAACUGGCUUGAACAAGAAGGUUCCGCAGAAACAACCUAUCGAAGAAAUGAACACGCUUCGGUUCUUCCCUAAUGGGUCGACAGAGCAAAGCUGUUAUCUUGUAGAAUUGAUACCUCAAUUCACAAGCUACAUUGUUCGAGCCGGGUUCUACUAUGGUAACUAUGAUGGUCUCUCUCGCCCGCCCACCUUUGAUCUCACGAUUAACGGCAAAAAUUGGACCACGGUGAACACUACUUCGUCGAUGGGUGGGGGGCCGAUAUACCAUGAAACCAUAUAUGUGUAUCAUGAAUAUGGUAUGAAUGUUUGCUUGGUACAAACCAGGGAAGGCGAGGUACCCUUCAUUUCUUCGAUGGAGUUCAUGGAAAUAGAGAAUCCCCUGUAUACACAGAUGGUGCCAUUCCCUUUAACAUCAGAAAAUGACCCUAAUGCCGCCUUCCAUCUCGUCACUCGGACCAAUUUCGGUGGCCCUGAAGUGAGGAUUGCAAUGGAUAAUUACAGUGAUUCCUACAAUCGCAUAUGGACGAGCGGAUCAACACCAAAAGGCUGUGAGAAUGUUUCCACCUUGCCACACCUCAUCGAGCCAUUAGAAAACGCUCCACCCACUGCAGUCUUGGCUGACUCCAUCGCAUCCAUCAACGCUUCUGAUCCCAUCCUCCUAAUCGUUGAUCUUCCUCCUCUCGAUGGCACACAUCCAGCAUACUUCAUAUUCUACUUCUCUAAUCCAGCCCCCCAAUCCCAGCUCAGCGGCAUCAUCGGUACCAGGGCUACCCAAAUUUACAUCAACGGUCAGCUGAAGUCCAACAUUACAUUCGAGUGGGGCAAGUCCCGGGUUGUUACCAUACAGCCCGUGGAUGUUAUGGGUCUCACUAUCAAUAUAACCCUAGCCCCUGAUCCUGAUUCCAACUUACCAACCAUGAUCAGCGGCUUGGAAGUGUUUACAAGGCAUUACGUAACGUAUGAGGCGCCGGCUCCUCCACCACAGGGGGGUGGCAGAGUGCCUGAUUUUGCACCGCCACCCUCCGCAGCCACACCUCUCCUUCUCAUAUCUGUGUACAUUAUUUUAGCUCAUGUUCUCUAUUUGGUAGUUGUAUUAUAAUUCAUAAUUUCAGAAAUAUUGUAACUCAUACUAUUAAUUAAGCAUGAAAUAAUGGAAGCGGAAUGAAAGAAAAGCAGUACUCCAAGUGCUUUUCUUACCUUUUAAAA